CUUUUACGAUAGCGUACCCACAUCUACUAAGCUUCUCUCUGCUGACCACACGGAUACGAAGCUAUGGGUGCCCGAAGGAUUUUGUAAUGCGCCUGGGUACCACCGGACUCUGCAGCUGAAAUGCUUGACCAUGCUUCUGCGCUGCCCCAGAGUGGCAGGUGUAAGAGGGCGGCGGAUGUAAGGCGAACGCACGCACCACGUGGCAUGUUUCUGGACAAAAACUGCCCGCUGGUCCGCUUACGGUGCCGCAACCCCACACCGAAAGUGGCUGGACAGCGCCUUCUCCACACGCGCGCUUUAGGCGAUGGGGCCCCAGCUCAGGCGUCCGUCCUGCGACCCCAACCCACCUCCCCGGAUGCUGUGGCAGUCCAAACGGACGAUGGCUCCUCCGCCCUGGUCGACCUGGGGCCCUCGCUUUCCGCGGGCCCCCUGGAACCCUCCACCUCCGACCUGCUAGAAGAGCAGCUGGAGGGCCGGCGCCGCAGCAACCUCACCGCUAGCACCAGCACAGCAACUGCCUCCUCCACUGGCAGCAGCACCAGCACCACCAGCACCAGUCGGAACAGCAGCGCCAGCACCCUCCCCAGCUUUCCCUCCUGGCCUGCCACGCCACGUAACAGCAGCUCCCCCUUCGCCACCCUGUUCCCCUCACCACCCCCGCGCUCCAGCAGCAUUACCAGCAGCAGCACCGGCGCCACCCCUCCAGGCGCUGCUGCGGCCGCCUCAGCUCCUGCUCCCCCCGGCACUGCGGCUGCCGGGGUGCCCCCCGCCGCGGCACAGCUCUACGCGGGCUCUGCCGUGAGCCGCAACCUGGCUUCCAUGGAGGGUAACUCCGACGUCAUCGCACCGCUGCUGGACUUCCUGCAGCUGCAGCCGCCGCAACCCGCGGGGCCCGCAGCGGCCAACAACAACGCACAGCGCGUGUACAAGACCCGACCCGCUGCGACUAGUGCGGCUGCUGGGGCGGCGGCGGCGGCCGCGGGAGCAGCAGCAGCAGGAGCCGGUGGUGGAGGUGGUACGGCAGCGGCUGGGGCGUUAGAUGGAGAGGUGGGGGCAGCAGGCGGUGCAGCGGGGGCGAAGGUGCUGGUACGGCGCAAGCGCGCGCGGGUGCGUGUGGUGGACUCCUCGGAGCUGCUGCUGGCGCGUGAUGAGGCGGUGCGGACGGAGCUGCUGGGCAGCACGUGGAAGGACCUGCUGCGGUUUGACGAGCGGUUGGGGCCGGCGGCGGCAGGGGCGCCGCGGGGGGCGGCAGGGACGGCUGGAGCUGUAAGCCAGCAGCAGCAGCAGCAGCCGCAGCUGGCGGGAGCGCAUCAGCAGCGGCAGUCACAGCAGCCACAACAGCCUGCUCAGGAGGUGCCUAGCUUGGAGGAGGUGUUGGCGCUGAUUAACGAGGAGGUUUCUAGGUUGGAGCAGCAGGACCCGGGGGCAGCGACGGAAGCGGAGGCGGCUGCAGCGGCGCAGCAGCAGCUAGAGUCGUCCUUUGAAGCGCAGCUCAUGCGCGACGUGCAGGGCGCUUGGCACUGGAAGCGCGUGGGGGAGCUCUUCGAGACGCACCGCGGCGCGCUGACGGCGGCGCAUCUAGCUGUCAUGGUGCAGCAGUUGUCGCGGUUCUUCAACACGCCGGGCUGGGUGCGGCGGGGCGGCGGGCGGGAGCAGUUCUACGUGCUGUGGCGAGCGGUGCUGGAGGCGCUAGCGGCGGCGGCGGCGGACUUGUCGGGGCCCCAGGUGGUGGCGGUGGUGGCGGCGGUGGUGUCCAUGCCCUGGGAUUUCAGUCCGCGGGUGCGGAGCAUGGUCAUCGCGUUGCAGGGGGUGCUGAGGUUUAGCCAGCAUAAUGUCGUACCGGAGGUGCGUCCUGCCGGCGGCGGCGGCGGAGGAGGUGGGGGAAGUGGUGGUGACGGCGGCGCUGACGGCGGCGGGAUGGGCAGCGGAGGCGGGAUCUUGAACGUGAGCCAGGUGGCUACAGCCACAGGACGCCGUGGCGGCGGUGGCGGUGGUGGUGCUCCCGGUGGCAUGGCGGGGAAUCAAUCCCAAGCGUUGUUGCCCAUGCCGCCUGGGGCACCGCAAGCACCGUCACCCUCCUCUCCGCAGCCUCCUUCACGGCCGCCGCCCCUACCGCCGACGCAAGCAGCUCCAGCAGUUAUAGCACCGGUACGGCAGGUCAAUCCAAAUCAGGCAGCACGUACGACAACAAGUACGACAGCAACGAGCAAUGCUGCUGGUGGCGGCGGCAGCGGCACCCCCGCCAUGCUUAUCACCAGCCCUAGGCCCUGGGCUACUUCUUCCACUUCCAUGUCCGGCCCCUUGUUCGCUUGGCUAUGCUACUUCCUAGGCCGCGUCAACGUCCGCUCGCGCCCCUUCCGCUUCGCCCUCCGCCUGCCUCCUUCCUUCACACGCGGCCUCCUAUCCGGCAGCUACUCCUCCCUCGCCUCCUUCCGGGCCGGCGAUUUCGCGCGCAUGCUGUACGGUCUCGCCUGUCUGCGCGUCGCGCCGCCGCCCACCUGGCUGUACGGCUUCUACCUCACCUCUGCCCGCCAGCUCGCUGCCACGUCAGACGCCCAAUUCACCAUGCUGCUGUACGGCGCCUGCCGACUGCCCACCAAGCCGCCGGCGCCCUGGAUGGCGGCCUGCAUGGAGGUGGCGUACCGGCGACUGGCUCACAUGGACGCAACGGGUCUAGCUGGGCUGAUGCACGCGCUGGGCCGGUUGCGGUUCAAGCCGCGGGAUGCCUGGCUGGCAGCGUACCUGGGGGCUACACGCGCGGCGCUUGCGGCGGGGCGCAUGGAGCCGGGGGAGAUGAGCCAGCUGGUGCGCGGCAUGGCGUUUCUGGGGCUGCGGCCGGAGGGGGCGUGGCUGGAUGCGCUGUGGGUGCGCAGUGGGAUGGCCAUGCAGGCCGGCGGCUUCACGCCGGCGCAGCUGGCGAACCUGGCGUGGGGGUUGGGGACAAUGAAGGUGCCCGUACCCGGCCGUUGGUACGCGGAGCUGCUGCAGCAGGCCCGCCGCUGCCACCACCUGAUGCGCCCCUACCACCGCCGCCGCCUGCUGUUGGCGCUGCAUGCGUUCGGCUGCCGCGACCUGCCGCGCUGGUGCGAGCUGCUGCGCCUGCCGCCGGAGCAGAUGCCGGGCUACCAGGAGAUGCGGGCGCGGCUGGCGGCGCGGCGCGUGCAGCGAGCCAAGGCACAGCUGAGGUUGGAGCGACAGCGGCAGCUGCUGCGGCAGCAGGAGGAGGAGAAGAAGAAGCAACAGCAGCAGGGACAGGUGCAAGGACAGGUGAAGGUGCAGGGACAGCAGCAGGUGGGAGCGGUGGGACAGCAGGGGCGUGCCGGGCAGCAGCAGGUGCAGGGGCAGGGUCAGCAGAGACAGAAGCAGGGGCAAGGGCAGGUGCAGGUGGUGAGGCGUUGGCAGGAGGUGGGACGGUAGCGAACUGGAUGGUAUGUGCAGGGGUUGAAGUGCGCGUUAUCAGGAGCGGGGUGGGGGGAUUAGUCCCGUGGGUCGGUUGGAGGGGGUCGGCGGUUGCGGCAGUUGCAGGACUUCGAAUGUCAUAGGUUGAGGAAGCCAGUCACAGGGACGCGUUAUUAAGUGAGUUGCAAGCUGCUCGCGACAGGAGGGCAAGUCCGGCCAGGAUAUGCCGACGUUUGCUUGUGGAAAUGCUUUUUCCGCGAGAGCUUGUUGGCCGGUCCACGAGCCUACAUUCUAUUCAUGUUCCAUACGUCUGGUUGAGUUGAGCAGGACAACUCAUGAACGGAAUCAGUGUUAGACAGAUAAUGACACAGGAGGUGCUUAGUGCUAGAGGUAGAUGACACAGGCCGGCUGCAGUAACGCCGUACUUCUCCUGAUGGGACUUCCAGUUGCAAGCAGCUAUUAUCCAGAAAUCGCAGGAUUAUUCGACACAAAAGUGCGUGUACUAGUUACUUGAUGGGGUAUAAAACGUGUGAC